UAGGCGCCUACCGAAUCCUGCAGCCACGCAUUUCGUAGCUGGUUCGGACAAGAAGCGGACGCAACGUGGAGAAGGAGUAACUAUGGUGGCGCUCUAAGACGUGACUCGGAGUCGAAGAGUCCGGAGCGUCGAGCCGCUGUCCCUCCGCCACAAAAGUCUCUUCGUCGGAACCCGCGCCCCGCGGUUUUGCCGGGCCGGAGCGAUUGGACGCCGCUCUCCGGAGCUCUGCGAGGAGAGCACGCCGGCAUUCUCUCUCUGUUUUGGGUGUGUGCGACCGCAGGGAGAUAUAUCAUUUGAAAGAGAGUAAAGGAGACUAUAUACGAAGUUGAUGGCAGAGAGUGAGGAGACAGUUGCGGUAGGGAGUAAGGGAGGAGGAGGGGGAGGAGGAGAGGACAGCCCCUGUUUGACGAGACAACAACCCCAACCUCCGGUCAAGGAAGAUCUCAAGUCAACUGGUCUUCAUUCCGAAAGUACAUCUGGUCUCGGUACCAGACACAAUGACGACGAGGUAUUGACAAACGGGAUAGGAACCGGCGUCCAGUUUGAAUCCGGGACGGUCCCGUCUGAAAGUGGGAUGGCGGGGAAGUUGUCUGUAAUGGGGGAGGGGCAAGAGCGGAGUUUCUCCCGGCAGAACUCCGACCGUGGAGGAGGGGAUGGAGGGAAGAUGGGACCAUUUGACGGACAAGUUGAGGAGAAGCCUCAGGACGCAGCUGAGGAACCACUGAUGAUGCCUCUGGCCGUGUCCCCCAAUGGAAGAUUCAACAAGUUCGACAUUGAAAUCGGGAGGGGGUCGUUCAAAACGGUCUACAAGGGUCUGGACACGGAGACCGGUGUUGCCGUGGCUUGGUGCGAACUUCAGGAAAACAGAUACAACAAGGCGGAGCAGGCGCGGUUCAAAGAGGAGGUGGCCAUCCUGAAAACCCUCCAACACCCCAACAUCCUCCGUCUCUACGAUUCCUGGGAGAUUGGCGGUAAAGUUGGAGGAGGAGGUUCCGAGAAGAGAGAGAAGAAGGUCCUCGUCCUCAUUACUGAACUCAUGACCUCCGGGACCCUCAAAACGUGAGCCCCUGUUCUCCCACUCUCUAGCUCAGUUGUGGUAGAGAAAAAACUCUUCUUAUGAAUUGAAUCGAGGGUCGUUAUAUUGUCACAUAUAUUCUAAACCGAUCUACUAGCUCUCCCUUAAAAGGG